AGGGCAUGGAGUGGCAGAGGGAACAAGAGGCUGACAAAGGGAUGGAGGGGACAAAGGGGACCCCUCGGGGGCAGGGGGGCACACCAGGAGGUCGUAAGUGCUCCGAGGUCCCUGACACCUCCCCUGUCCCCUCCCCAGCUGUCCCCAGCCCUGCUGUCACCACAGGUAACCGUGGUGGCCAUCCUGAGCAAGCUGCUGGCCACUGUGCCGAGGCGGGACGAGAAGGUGCUGCUGUUCAUGUCCCCAGGAUGCCUGUACUGGGACCUGGAGAACUUCACCAAUGAGCUCUGGUUCACCCUGCACUGCAUUGAUGACACCUGGUGGCACGCCAAUAUCACCUCCAAUGAUGAUGACCCUCCCACCUCUCUGAGCCAGGUCCUGGCUGCCUACAAGAGCACCCCGUGGACCACCCAGAAGCGUGUGACAGUGGCAGCCAGGGAGUGGCAGGGAUUGGUGUCUGUGCUUGUGGACAGGUGGGCCAAGCUGGCCAGGAAGGCUGCCAGACUCCGCAACACCUGCAGAGAGAUGGCCACCAAGGCAGCUGACAGGGCAGCCUCCACCACCGCCUGGGCCAGGGAGCUGCAGGACGAGGCUGCCCGUUAUGGAAGAGCUCAGGAAAACGUGGUGGAGCUGGGUCCAGCCCUGGGUGGUGAGGAAGGGGCCGAGGUGGUUUCUGGGUAUGAAGCCUGGAUGAGGAGAGAUGCCAGGGAGGCUGCCAGUGAGGCAACCAGGGCCACCAUGGUGAGACAGUGGGUUGAGGAGGCCCUGGGGCUGCUGGAGCGCUUGGUGGCCGCGUGUGACGAAGCAGCCGCGUUCCCCCGGGAGCUGCAGCGCCUGCUGGUGGACAUCGAGGCUGCCCUGAAGGGGACAAAUGAGGCAUCCCCUGAUGUCCCCGAGGACUUGGUGGCCAAGGUGGCCGAGGCCGAGUGGCUGUGGGAGGCCAAUGUCCGCCUGGCCAAGGAUCACCUGCUGGCAACACUUCCAGACAUCAUUGACUUGUAUUUCGGUUUUGGUCCCGCUGGCCCCCGUUGGCGCAGGGUGGCCGAGCAGUGCCAAAGAGCCAUUGAGGACAUCCCAAGGCUCAUUCGACCCCUGCAGUGUCCCCAGAGUGUCCCCAAGGUGUCCCCAGUGAGCAUGGAGCACCAAGAGCUGUCCCCAGUGCUGCUGCAGCCACAGGUCACCGUGGUGGCCAUCCUGGGUGAGCUGCUGGCCACCCUGCCCAGGCUGGAUAAGAUGAUUUUGCUCGUGUCCCAAUGGCGCCUGUACUGGGACCUAGUGGACUUCACUGAGAACCUCCGGGUCACCCUGUACUGCAUUGAUGACACCUGGUGGCACCGCAAGGUCACCUCCGAUGAUGAUGAUAACCCUCUCACCUCCCUGAGCCAGGCCCUGGCCGCCUACAAGAGCACCCCAUGGACCACCUGGGACCACGUGACAAUGGUGGCAUGCAAGUGGCAGCGGUCUGUGGAUGAGCUUGUGGACAGGUCGGCUGAGCUAGCCAGAAAGGCCACCAAGCUCCACAACACCUGCAGGGAAGCAGCCACUGAGGCGGCCAACAGAGCGGCCACUGCCACUGCCCAGGCCAGGGAGCUGCAGGACGAGGCUGCCCGUGAUGGGACAGGUCAGGAAAUCAUGGUGGAGCUGGGUCUGGCGCUGGGCGGGGAGGAGGGGGCCGAAGUGGUGUCCGGGCAUGAAGCUCAGAUGAGGAGAGAUGCCAGGGUGGCUGCCAGUGAGGAAACCAGGGCCACCAUGGUAAGACAGCGACUGGAGGUGGCCCUGGGGCUGCUGGAGCGCUUGGUGGCCGCGUGUGACGAAGCCACCACCUUCCCCCGGGAGCUGCAGCGCAGGGUUGGGGACAUCGUGGCUGCCCUGAAGGGGACAAAUCACUGGUUCCUUGAUAUCCCUGAGGACUUGGUGGCCAAGGUGGUGGAGGCCGAGCGGUUGUGGGAGGCCAAUGCCCGCCUGGCCAAGGAUCACCUGCUGGGGACACUUCCAGACAUCAUCAAGUUCUAUUUCGAUGGUGGUCCCACCAGCCCCAGUGCCUGUGGGGUGGCCGAGCCACGUCAAAGGACCAAUGAGGACAUCCCAAAGGUUGUGCAACCCCUGGAGCAUCGCCAAGGUGUCCCCAAGUUGUCCCCAGUGGGAAUGGAGCUCCAAGAGCUGUCCCUUUCCCAGCCACUGGAGGCUCUGGUGUCUGUGGUGGCCACCUUGGGCAAGGUGGUGGCCACUGUGACCAAGCCACACUGCGGCAUGCGGCACUGUGUGCCCCCAAAGUCCCUGCAUGCAGCCCUGAGGAGCUUCACCUGGAGCCUCAGUAAGACCCUGGACCACCCCGGUGUCAGCUCCCUGGGCGACCCUGGUGUCACCUCCCUGGGCCAGACCCUGGCCACCCUCAGGGUCACACGGGGGGCCAGCUGGGCCGAUGUGAGAGCCGCAGCCAGCAGCUGGUGGAAGUUGCUGACUGCACUCGAGAACAGCUGGGAACAGCUGAAAGAGGAGGCCACCAAGCUCUGUGAUGCCUGUGAGGAUGCGGCCCCUGCCCGGGCCGGGGACCCACAGGAUGAGGCCACCCACAGGGAGACAGCUGGGGACAGCCCGGUGGCCAAGGCCCAGCAACUGAUGGUGGCCCUGGACAGCGAGGAGGUGGCCUCAACAGGGGACGUGUUCGAGGCCCGGGUGGCAGUGGCCACCGAUAAGGAGGAGAUGGCCAUUGAGGAGGAGGAGUCUGCCAGUGAGGAGGAGGCAGCCCCCAGGAGACUACAGCGCCCAGACGUGGCCCUGGGGCUGCUGGAGCACUUGGUGGUUGCCUGUGAAAGAGCCAGGUAUUUCGUCUUGGAGAUGCGGCGCCGGCUCGAGGCAAUUGAGGCCAUCCUGAAGGGGACAAAGGAGGCGUCCCUUGAUGUCCCUGAGGCCUUGGUGGCCACGGUGGCUGAGGCCGAGCGGCUGUGGGAUGCCAGCACCCGCCUGGCCACUCGUCAUCUGGUGGGGAUACUUGGGGAUAUCUGCAGGCUCCUCACAAAGCCCCCUGGUGGCCCUGGUGGCUCCAAUGGCCCUGGGGGCUCUGGUGGCCCUGGUGGCUCUGAUGGCUGCACAGUGGCUGAGAAAUGCCAAGAAGCCAUCAAGGACAUCCCAAGAUUGCUGCAAGAACAUUGAUGUCAUUGCUGUGACAUCAUUGAGGGCAGUGACAUCUUCGGGGACAUCACUGCCCCCUCUCGCUUCCCCACAGGGGAUUUCAGACAAAAUUAGGGAAUUUUCCUGGAAUUUUCAUAGAUACUGUCCCAAAUGCUGAUGGACAUUCCUGGGGUGACGUCACUGGAGACACUCAGGGACACGUGGGAAGGACACACAGGGACACUCAGGGACACGCAGGGGCACGCUGGAACAGUCUGGGGACACUCAGGGACACGUAGGGACACUCAGGAAAAAUCAGGGAGGACACCCAAGGAGGACACUCAAGGACACACUGGGACAGUCUGGGGACACUCAGGAACAUGUAGGGACACUCAGAAAAAUCAGGGAGGACAAUCAGGGAUGCCCAGAGGCACUCUGGGACGCUAAGGGAAGACACUCAGGAACAGUCAUGGAGGACACUCAGGGACACUCUAGCAGGACAGUCAGGGACACUUUGGGGACACUCCAAAACAUGCAGGGACACUCUGAGGACACUUGGGGACACUCAGGAACACUCUGGGGACACUCAGGGACAAGGGACAGGGGUGACUGAGUCCCCUCAGCAGCUUCCAACUUUCCAGUGCGCCUGCAGCAGAGCGGGUCAUAAAUGACAAUUUAAUAAUUGGCUUCUGCAAUUCUGCAUUGGCUUUGGCACAUUAUUGAUCACAAGAAUUUUGCUGCUUGAUAUUGAUAUUAAUUAUUGACAAUUCUUUGUAGCGGCUUGCUGGUACAAGAUAAUCCAUCAGUUUAUGUGUGCACUGUUUAACUGCUUAAAUGCUGGAGUAACAAAUUAAUGAUGUAUAUAUAUAUAUAUCGUAGGUCAUAACACAUUAAAAAUAGACCAAUAGAAAAGAGAUAAAUAAUAAAUGUUAAAUAGAUACUAUGCAAUAUUAAACUGCUUUGGUGUCACUGACUCAGGUGUAAAACAAUUCCCUUGUUUCUCACACCUGCGGACCAGCCUCUCCAGAUGAUGAUAACAGUGACACAAACCUGAGAAGAAUUUAUGAAUUGAUCAUGGGGUGUGAAACAACAGGAUGGAACCAGGAGAAGAAAUCAAAUAUAUUGAUCCAAUCUCCAGAAUGUCCUGCAGACAAGUCAGAGGCUAAAACCAAACAAGAGUUCCUGCAAUAUCGCAACCUCUCGG